AGACUCAAACUCUCAAAUCUCAAUUCUCGUCUGAAUUUGAAAAUUGGAUCGCUUCACGCUCACCUCAAUUCCUCCGCCGCCGCUGCUCGCCUCCGCCGCCGAUUGGUGUCGCCUCGCUGCUGAUUGUUGUCGCGCUCUCCGGAAUUCGCUGCUCUCCGCCGCUCCGGGAGUUCCUGCCCUCUCCGCCGCACGCCGCCGCCGCGCCGCGUAGCUGCUCCUGCACUCCUCAAGGUAAACCCUCCAGCACCGCUAAGUUGUCCUUCCUUAAACAAAAAGCUCACCUACUCUGAAUUAAUUUAAUUCUGGAAAUUUAGAAGCUUCUGCCAAAAUGCCCCAAAUUGAAUUUUCAUAAAGGAAGCAGAUAAGGAGCUAAUUGAAGUUUUACCCAAUAAUUUACUCAAAAAAUGCAUUCCCAAAUCCAGUUUGUGUUGCUUUGGUUAGCUUAUUUGGUUGAAUGCUGAAAACUGCUUUGUUGAUGAGAAGUAUGAUGAUUUGAGCGUGGAUGAAUUAUUUCCACCAUUUUAUCCCAAAGCUUUUGUCUUCCUCUGUUUCUCAAGGGAGAGAACUUGAUUCUUGAACUCUAUGAAAGACUAAACCAAUCCUUUAAUAUCAAAUCCAUUUUAUUUUGUUCUGUUUUAUUUUCUUGAAGAGUUGGGAGCUUCUUGUUUUGUCUGCAUCCAUUUUUUUGCAAUAGUUUGGAGUUUAUUUCCCUUUCUCUUUGAGAAAAUGCUGUCUGCUUCAUUGAGUAAUCAGCAGAUGACUCUGCCUUGUAGCAGGUCAUGAUUUCCAUUAUUAUGUGUGUCUGUGAAGUAUGAUCAGAAUAUGCCAAAUUGCCAAUAGAGGAGGAUGACUAUAUUCAUCUGCUAGUCUGCUACAGUUGUAGAUUGGCUACUGAGUUUGAGAAAAUUUUGUUGCCUUUUUUACUAUCUUCUGCUGCAUGUAUUUCACAUACAUUCCAUUUUCAAGAAAUUUCACAUAAAUUUGCAGUUAAAAUAAACAAGCUGUGAAUUUCUCUCGCUAAUUGCGAUUUCCUCUCGCUAAUUGCGAUUUCCUCAAUCAGCCCAAAGAAAAACUCAAGGAAAUUUGUUCUUGCAUAGAUACGCAAACAAUUUCAAGCUUUUUCUUUCUCUCCCGCAUUUAUUCGAAAAAUCGACGAAAUACCCAGUGAUUAAUACUUUAUGCUCAAAUCAAAUCCUUACAUACGUACAAUAUUUGGCGCUCCGAAAGGGUAGAAAACAGUAAUUGAACUGGGAAUUUUUAAGGGUUUUUGUUCGUGAUCUUUUUUUUCCUGUGCGAUUUUGUGGUGGCUUAGAUGGAAGGAGGAGAGAGAAAGGAGGAGGCGUCGCUGCCGCCGGACUACGUUUCGCUGGCCCAACUCCAAGAGCGAUGGCUGCAGAAGCAAGAAGAGAUAAAGCGGAAGCAAAAGCAGGAAGAAGAGGAGAAGAGAGAGAAACAAUCGCUGGCGCUGAAGCAAAAACAGGAAGAAGAUGAGAAGAGAGAGAGAGAUGUACGGGCCCAGAAUGAGAGGAAUCGGAAUCGGAAUCAGAGAGAGACGGGUGUGAUUGAAGAGAUAGGGAAGGGGAAGGAUAUAGUCCUUGGUGGGCCUGGUGAUGGAGGAGAAAAUAACAAGAAAAAACGAAAAAAAGGUAAAAAAAAAAGGAAUUUCAGAGGGGCUGCAGCGGUUGAGGAAAAGGGGAAAGUUGGGGCUGAGGCUGAAGUGUUGAGUGGGGAAGGCGGAAGUGGCGGUGGGACAAGCGGGGUAGAGGAAGUAGGGUAUGUGUGUGUGGUUGAGGUUUUGCCAAGAAAUGGAGAGAUUGCGCAUGUGAAUAGAACUGAUUUGAGAGGUGAAUUCAAGAAAAAUGGCAGAGAUAAGGGUUCACCUAGAGUGAAUGUGUUGAAGCAGGAGGGUGUAAACGGGGGUGGUAACAAGUGGUGUGUGGGUGAGAGAGGUAGAGGUGUAGAUAGAGGGAGAGGGGCUGAGGAAGAUAGAGAGAGAGGGGGAGAUAGAAGGAGAGGGAGUGAGAGGGGGGGAUAUAGAGGAGAGGGAGUGAGAGUUGGGGGGAUAGAGGGAGAGGAGGGAAAAAUGGAGGCGAUCCGGAGAGGAAGAUAAACAUGUUUAAGGAAUGUAGGCCUGUUGUUUUAGAGGGUAAUGAAGUGGAUUUGAAGUUGGAAGACAAGGCUGAUCAGGGUGGAAUUUCUGAGGUUUGUAGUGAAAUAGCUAGUUUGAAAGUUGGAGAUAGAAAUAAAAUGUGGGGGCGAGACAAUAGGGCCAAAGAGGAUGGAGCUGAAGGGGAAGGCUCAAAUAGUGAUAAAGUGACAGCAGAGAUUGAGAAGAAGGUAGAUAAUAGGGUUUUAGCCAGAAAAGGCGAAAACGGGGGCUCUUGGAAGGGAUAUCGAGCAAUUGAAAAACGGGGGUGUGACAACAAGGCCAAAGGGGAUGGAGUUGAAGGGGAAGGCUCAAAUGGUGAGGUAGUGGCAGUUGAACUUGAGAACAAGGUGGACCGUAAGGUUUUACCAAGAAAAGGUUACAACAGGGGCUGGAGGGGAGGUCGAGAAUAUGGAAUCUGGGAGCGAGACAACAAGGCCAAAGAGGAUGAUGGAGCUGAAGUGGAAGGGGAAGGCUCAAAUAGUGAUAAAGUGACAGUUGAGAUUGAGAAGGUGGAGGAUAGAGUUUUAGCUAGAGAAGGAGAGAAUGUGGGCUCUUGGAUGGGAUAUCGAGCAGUUGAAAUCCGAGGGGGUGACAACAAGGCCAAAGAGGAUGGAGUUGAAGGGGAAGGCUUAAAUGGUGAGAUAGUGGCAGUUGAGCUUGAGAAGAAGGUGGAUCGUAAGGUUUGUGCAAGAAACGGUCAAAACAGGGGCUAUGGGAGGGGAUAUUGUGGACACGAGAGACAGAGAGGAGGUUUUGGGAGUGGAAGGAGAUACACAAUGCCUGAAAUAUCUGGUUACUGUAAAAUGCAAUGGGUGAAAAAAGAAAACAAGUUGGAUGCAUGAUGCUACUGAACUUAGCUUCUUUGGGUAACUUUCUCCAUUGACUGAUCUGCUUUGUAAAUGAUACUUGAGCUUAAUUUACAUUUUCUGCUUCGUUAUUUGCUAA